AUGAAAGUUUAAUUAAUUUUGGGGUGAAUUAAUGUGCUUGGGGGGGUAGGGCUCUGCAUUGACAAAAGUUGAAUGAAGAAAGGAAGGGGUUUUCUCAAAACCCUCCUCACUCUCCACCACCAUAAACCCUUCCUUCCAAAGAUGGAUCCGUCGGAACGAUACUGUUACAACCCAACAUUGCGUUGGAACCCUCAAGUGGAAGAGUACUUUGUUAAAGCCUAUGGAGUGGACCAUUUUGCUAGAAUUUCCAAGGCGCUCACGCGGCCAUCAUGUUACUCUUGUAUACGGGUGAACACGCUCAAGUCAACAAGUGAUGCUGUUAUUGAGAAGCUAUUGGCUAUAUUACAGGAAAGGGUUGGCUCAGAUGAUAUUGCAACGGGACCAAUGGACUCUGCUGGUUUCUCAGAUGCUUCAGUAAAAAAAUGUUCUAUUUCGAAGUGCAAGAUCCCCAGUUUAGACUAUGUAGUUUUUGUCAAAGGAUCAGGACCACACACUAUUGAUUAUGGGUACAAGAAAGACAAACCUCCUAAAGAAGUGAUUGUGAGCCGGAAAUGUGCUGAAGCAGUUCUUCGUGGUGCUCAUGUGUAUGUACCUGGUGUUUUAGCAUGUAGUGCUCAUGUGGAGAAAGGGGAAACAGUUGCAGUUUCAGUUUCUGUGGAGCAACCUGGCACUGAUGGUGGAUGGAGUGUUGGUUUUACACGUGGAACUGUUCUCCAGGGAUCACAAACAGAUCCUUAUCAUUUUGAACGUAACGGCCUCUACAUUGGUCAAGGAACCACUAUGAUGUCCAGAGCUGGGAUGUUUCGGGUAUCUGAAGGAGUUGCUUUAGACAUGGAUAACAGAGUAUUUAAUCUUCCUUCAUUUCGUGAUUUACUUGAGGGGGACAUAUUUCUUCAGAACCUCCCUAGCAUCAUUGCUGCACAUGCCUUAGAUCCUCAAGAGGGAGAUAAGAUAUUAGAUAUGUGUGCAGCCCCUGGAGGGAAAACCACUGCAAUUGCGAUCCUCAUGAAAGACAAAGGGGAGGUUAUUGCAGCUGACCGAUCUCACAAUAAGGUGCUUGACAUCCAGAAAUUGGCUGCUGAGAUGGGCUUGAAGUGUAUAACAACUUAUAAGCUUGAUGCCCUGAGAUCUGUUCAGCGAAUAAAUAAAUCUGUUAGUGAGGAUGCUCCAAUGUGUGGGGAGAGUGAGAGCAUUCAGAACUCAGAUUCAUUAACAUCAAAAACACAGGAAAUAUCUAACACUGCUCUAGAAUGUACUCAUGCUAGCAUUGAGCAAUUAAGGAAAGAAGUUUACACCAGUAAAGCUGAGGUGCGUAAGAGCACCCGCAAAAUGAGAAAUGGGCCUGGAAGAAAUAACUCUUUAGGUGGAAGAGUUGAAAGGUCUAAAGGAUUUUUACCUAACAGUUUUGACCGUGUUCUCCUUGAUGCUCCUUGUUCUGCACUUGGUUUGCGACCUCGCCUAUUUGCUGGAGAGGAUACAGUUGAGUCAUUAAGAACACAUGCCAAGUACCAGAGGCGGAUGUUUGACCAGGCUGUGCAACUUGUUCGCCCUGGCGGAGUUAUCGUGUACUCAACGUGUACAAUAAACCCAGGUGAAAAUGAAGCAUUGGUUAGAUAUGCAUUGGACACAUACAAGUUUCUCUCAUUGGCAUCACAGCAUCCAAAAGUAGGGGGACAUGGCCUUGUUGGAGGCUGUCAAUUUUCUGACGGAUACCAGGAGGAAUGGUUAAGACCUGGUGAAGAAGAUCUUGUUCAGAGAUUUGAUCCUUCCUCCGAACUUGAUACUAUAGGUUUUUUCAUCGCCAAGUUUAAUGUUGGUCACAAAGAUAUCUGACUUGUACUCAGAACAGUUACAUUCCUCCGGAUUAUAUUCUCCGUUCUUUCUGCCUUCCGUGCUUCCUUGGAGGUAUGCAGUCUGGAAUUUUUAACGUUUUUUUCUCAAGUAAAUUCAAGAAUAACUGAAAAGGCGAUAAACUUGCACCCCCCCCCCCCCCCCCUGUUGUUUAUAAGUU